AUGGACGGAAAGAUCGUUGGUAUUUUAGGUGGUGGCCAAUUAGGUCGUAUGCUUGUAGAAGCAGCCCAUAGAUUGAAUGUCAAGACGGUGAUCUUAGAGUCAGGCACUGAUGCUCCUGCUAAACAAAUCAACGCAGUUGGAGCCCAUGUCGAUGGGUCCUUCAAGGAUUACAAGUCCAUAGCCGCCUUAGCGGAGAAAUGUGAUGUUUUAACCGUGGAGAUUGAACAUAUCGAUGUUGAUGCUUUGAUUAAAGCUCAAAAGGAACAUAACGUGGAGGUUUAUCCGUUACCAGAAACCAUUAGAUUGAUCCAAGAUAAGUACACCCAAAAGGAACACUUGAUUCAGCACGGAAUCGAUGUGGCCGAAUCUGUUGCUGUGGAAUCCACUGAGCAAGCAUUGCAAGAAGUUGGAAGCAAGUAUGGUUACCCAUUCAUGUUGAAGGCUCGUACUUUAGCUUAUGACGGUAGAGGGAAUUAUGUUGUCAAGACCGAAUCUGAUAUUAGAGAAGCCUUGAAUUUUUUGAAAGAUAGACCUUUAUAUGCUGAGAAAUGGUGUCCAUUCACCAAAGAAUUAUCUGUCAUGGUGGUAAGAACCAUUGAAGGUGAAGUGUUUGCUUAUCCUACUGUUGAAACCAUUCAUAAAAGAAAUAUUUGUCAUUUGGUUUAUGCUCCUGCUCGUAUUAACGACACUGUCCAAAAGAAAGCAUCUUUGCUUGCCAUGAAUGCUGUGAAGUCCUUCCCAGGUUGUGGUAUAUUUGGAGUUGAAAUGUUUGUCUUACCAGAUGGAGAAUUAUUAGUUAAUGAAAUUGCUCCAAGACCUCAUAACUCCGGCCAUUAUACUAUCGAUGCUUGUGUGACUUCACAGUUUGAAGCCCACAUUCGUGCGGUUGUGGGUUUACCAAUGCCUAAGGGUUUCACUUCCCUUACUACCACAAUUACCAAUGCUAUUAUGCUUAAUGUUCUUGGAGAUGAUGACGUUCCAAACAAGGAAUUGGAAACCUGUCGUAGAGCAUUAGAAACCCCAAAUGCUAGUGUAUACCUCUAUGGGAAGUCGACUAGACCUCAAAGAAAAAUGGGACAUAUUAAUAUUGUUUCUUCUUCUAUGGAAGAUUGUCAAAGUCGAUUGGACUACAUUGUUGGAGACUCCGAUUUGAUUCCUGAAGGUAUUGAAUCAAAGGAGAAGCCUUUGGUGGGGAUAAUCAUGGGUUCUGAUUCAGAUUUGCCUGUUAUGGCUGUUGGUGCCUCGAUUUUGAAGAAGUUUGGCGUGCCAUUUGAAGUUACUAUUGUUAGUGCUCAUAGAACUCCUCAUAGAAUGUCCAAAUAUGCAAUUGAAGCUCCUAAAAGAGGCUUGAAGUGUAUCAUUGCUGGUGCUGGAGGAGCUGCUCAUUUACCAGGUAUGGUUGCAGCCAUGACACCUUUACCUGUCAUUGGGGUUCCAGUUAAAGGGUCUACUUUAGAUGGUGUUGAUUCCUUGCACUCAAUUGUCCAAAUGCCCAGAGGUAUUCCUGUUGCUACUGUUGCCAUUAACAACAGUACCAAUGCAGCAUUGUUGGCCAUCAGAAUCUUGGGAGCGUAUGACUACAAAUGGUUACAGGAGAUGAACACUUAUAUGAACAACAUGGAGAACGAAGUUUUGGCUAAGGCUGAAAGAUUAGAAACAGUGGGAUUCGAGAACUAUUAA